UUCAACGCUCAGUUCUAAUUUGCAGUCGGACGCGUUGUGAUCACGUUAAUUUUGUUCAAGUAAUCUAACUUUGAUAAGAGCAGGAAGAAGAUUAGCAAAAUGAAACCGGUCGGAUUUUAUCUGGUGGGUCUUUUGUUGGUGGGGCUUUGUCUGAGCUCGGUCGAGGGAGGUCGCCGCUCCCACCACCGGAAGACCAAACGGGACACCGGGGUGCACAUCGAGAUCUACUACCCGAAGGGGUUGAUGGUUUGGUACCCCCACCGGACGGGGAUGGCUGGCUUCGGGAUCGAGAUAUUCCUCAACCAGCGCCAUUUGAUCGAUGACGAGGCGGUUUGUGACAUCUGCUUGAACACGACGGAGCUCACGUACGGGAAGUACGUUCUGCGGAGUGACGACGCGAUCGUCCGAGGUGGCGAUCAUCUAAUGUACAACGCUAUCAAGCAGAAGGUCAACGGUACCGCGUACAUCAUGCGAAGCAACGAGUUCUAUGUUGCAGAGAGCCGCAUUCUGUCCCAGCAAGCAAAGUGUCCACCCCAAUCGCGCCCCACUUCGGGAAGUUCCGCCGAAAGGAUCGCCACCCUGGAAGAAGAGGUCAACGCGCUGGAAACGAUCGUGUACGACGUGUUCCAGCACUGCAACAACGUCACCCAAAUCAGCAAGAACCUGUACCUUAACUUCCGUCCGGCGGAGACCACCCGCCUGGACUCGAAGCAGCUCUUCAACUACACCCGGAACGUGCUGAAGGAGAUGCUGCCCAAGAUCGACUGGGACGCGGUGCUGAUCAAUGCGUUCUACUACGAGGAUGGUGUGGCGUUCGAGGUGAAGACGCUGAUCGAUAAGCUGAAGGUGCUGCAGAUGUCCAAGAACUUUACCCAGUUUACGGUUAAUGAUUUGGAUGACAUGGAGACCACAACCGAGGGAAACGAAAUUGAAGAUUAUUAGCGUGAUGAAUAUUGUACUUUUAACUGUAAUGUAUUGAAAUCUUUUGAUGAUAAAAAUGUGAAUGUUCUUUUCAAAUAAAUUUGUGACUACCGA